GAUGUAACUUCCUUGUGACGUCACAAUAUUGAUGACGUCUUGACAACAGUUGUAUUAUCAAGAUGGCUAACGUGAUAAAUGACUUAAGAUUUUACCUACAGCGUCUACGCAUGAAAUAUAUGAGUUCCUGUAAGAGUGGAGGUGCAGAUCAUAACACAAAUAAUGCUGCAGUAGUGCAUACAAACAAACACGGAGGUACACUUAGGCUUAGAAAUGGUCCUCUCACUUACACUUUUGGAAAUACAAACCAAUUCCGUUUACCCGGAAAGUAUGCCGGUGUUCAAUGUACGAGCAUGGCCCUAGCAGCCAUUAUACAUCAAAAGUCUUACCCUAACUUGACACCUGUUGGAAUAAAUGCUAUUUUAGCCGAAGGAGACAAACUACACACUAGACUAAGAGAUGACAUUAGGAUAAGUGAAAACCCGGACAGGAAAGUGGCGAUCGAUGAGUUUCCAAGUGAAAGUUACUUGCAUGUUGGAAGUGUAUUUGGAAGAGACACCUAUGUCCGCUUGACACGCCAGUGCGAAUAUGUUUUCACCUCAAUGAUUGAAGGUUUCGAUGGAUUGCAAACCAUAGAGGAAUAUGUCACCCAUUGGUUCAGUAAAAGGAAAAUGCGAAAGCUUGGAUUUUUGCUGACCGUUGGUGUGUAUUCCCAUGGUAUAAUAAUGAAUGAAGAUGGAAGUGUCAGUUUGUUUGACUCCCAUGGGCAGCUGAAACACGAAAGAAAAGUAUUCACGUCUUUGGCGGGAGCUGUGAAUUUUCCUUCCGUCAAAGAGCUUGCUGAUUUCUUGAGAAGUAUGUAUGGGGAGGGCAGAAGCGCUGCAAUUGCUCUGGUCAGUGUGCGUUUCCCUGGAUCAUCUCGAGAAGGGUUUUGCAAGAAAGCCACUGAUCAUGAGCAGGCUGAAUUUGGUUAUCAACCAUUCUGCAUGAAAGUAACUGACACUUCUGCAAGCUUCAUCCUGCCAGAAAUCCAAAUAGAAGGUGAAAACAUCAAUGAAAAUGUGAAGAGCUUGGAGGAAGAUGAUGGCGUGUCAGCGUAUGUAAUGCUUCUAGGAGGUGGGACUUAGAGUGCAGGGCAGAGUGAGACGGAGAUGGGAGGGCUAGCAAGUUCUGCCGGGUUGAAUAUAUGGUUGUGUAGUUUGGGAUCAGAUUUGUCAGACAUAAUAAAAUUUGCUUGUAGGACAUUGACGGAAGAAACUUGAAAUUAGUGUGGAGUGCUACCUUAAGGUUGUGUAGUUUGGGAUCAGAUUAAUGUCAGACAUAUUGCUUGUAGGACAUUGACGGAAGAAACUAAAAAAUUUCAAGUGUGGAGUGCUACCAUUUGAAUUUGUUAAAGGUCGCUACUUCAAAUACUGGAGCAGCAGUGUUGGCCACAUUCUUACACACGACUUUUACCACAAAACAUGUGACUGGAAACCAUGGGUGGAGAAGACAUGUGGUCUAUACCAUGUGCCAAUGGAACUAUGCUGUGCACUAAUGGACUGUGGCGCAUCUAGAAGUUUGGACGCUUUAGGAGCGCCUCAUGACAUGAUUGAACAGUGUAACAUGACAGACGCUGUAACGGCAUUUCAAUCCAUCAAUAAGAGGGACAAUCAUAUAGACACUGACCAGCCUUCAACAAGUCGGAUGUGCAGAAAAUAUUUAUUCAAAAGUUCAAACUUUACGAGACGAUCUAACAUUAAUAGUCGCUCAGCAAAGCAAACACAUUGAUGAGAUGAUGUUAACUAUGAAGUCUCUUCAAGAUUGGCUGUCUUCUCUUGAACAAUCAAGACCAUCGGGGAGUUCUACAACAAACAACAACGCUUGGGACUCACAGAACGAAACUAUGAAUCUGAAUAAUGGAAGCUUAUGAUAUCAACAUUUAGUAGAUCCAGUCAAUCGGACGACUCGGAUAUCUCGAUUACAGCGAGUGGUGUUUUAUUCGAAGAAGGGGAGGACCUAUUACAGAAAUCACAGGACAUUAUUGAUGCCUUAAGAAAUAACGUCUCAGAUAACGUCUCCAUAACAUGCGUGUGCCGACUUCCUUCUCGCUUCAGAAAUAGGCCUCCACUUUUGAAAAUAAGUUUUCGAAAUCUUGAAGAAAAGGUUGUGGUACUAAGAAACAAAAUAUCACUUAAGAAUACAACACACUUUAAAACUGUAUAUUUGAAAAGCUGUAAAUCUCAUGCUGAGCGACUUAUAGAAUUAAAUACGUGCACCAUUCUAAGACAACUUCCGGGAGGCAAUAACUUCCGGGUUGAUGCAAAUGUACAAGACAGCAACAGAGAACAGAUCUUAGGAAGCGUUCCGUCCCGAUGGAAAAAUUACGAUCGCCCAAAUUAAUAUGUGCGGAUGGACUAAUGAAAAUAAUAACUUGCGUUCAGCCAUAACUUAUGCUUUAAAUUCAGACAUAAUAUAAAUUUGUGAAACACACUACGUGAAAAUAACAUUAGUCAUUAUUGAAGUGGAAGGUUAUACAUAGUAUGGUUUUAAUAGAACUGCAAUACACAGAAAUGCCCCAAAAGCUUCCGGUGGUGUUGGUAUACUUGUGAAAAAAAGUUUGACUGAAUACUUCUCAGUGGUCUGGAAGUAAUCGGCAAAUCUUCUGAAGGAAUUUUAGCGUUGCGUUUUAAACACAAAGAGCCAGAUUCAGAUUUUAUUGUUUUCUCGUGCUAUCUACCACCGGAAAACUCAUCUAGAGGCAGAGAUGCUCAAUCGUUUUUUCACUCACUUAUUGACACAGAUAUACACAUACAGGGAAUGUGAUAAUAUUUUGAUCUGCGCUGACUUCAACGCCAGAAUAGGUAGCUUAUCUGAUGUUAUUUUUGACUGUGACACAAUCCCACCGCGAGAAAUAUUAGACAAAACUAUAAAUCAACAUUGUCACGAUUUUAUAGAUUUCUUACAUGAUUCAAAAUUUUGUGUAUUGAACGGACGCUUUGACAAUGAUAACUAUACAUCUAUAUCGAGAUGAGGUAAAGCGGUGGUGGAUUUUAUGUAUGUACCACACUGAACAUUCAUGCAAUGUCAAAAUUUUCGCUUGUUAACAGUACAAGAUAUCGUAGAUCACCACGGCUUGCAUGGAUUAUAAGGGGAACGUGGCUUGCAUGGAUUAUUAGGGGAACGUGCCCGCUUACCUGAUCACAGUUUUUUAGUGAUCAAAUUCAAAUGUGAUCACUUGUAUAACUGUCAGGAUUUUAACACUGCAAAAACGUGCAAUGACUUACGUUUUAAAUUAAAACAAAUUCCACCAGAUUUUAUGGACAGUGAACUUGCCAGGUCUGCCAUAAUGAAUUUAAUAAGAAAUAUUGAGUUAGCAAGAGAAUCACAAUCUGGAAUCGACUCAGUAUACCACGAAUUUUGUGACAGCUUAUAUGAUUAAAUGUCACAAAGUAUUCCAACAGUUAGUGUGUCCCAUAAAACACAUAAACGUCGGAAACAAAACAAGUCACAUUGGAAUGAAUCCUUACAAGACAUCUGGGAUAAUUUACGCCAGAAGGAGCGAGCAUUUUUAAAGUGCGCUGGGCCUAACCAACAGGGAGCUAGACAAAGAAAUGAAUACAUUGCCACUCGAAACGCUUUUGAUAAAUUAUAACCGCAAACCAAACGCGCUUACAAAUAUACACAAGCAAUUGACAUAGAAAAGCUAUCUACAAGAGACCAAAAUGAAUUCUGGAGGAAAAUCAAAGAACUAGGUCCGAAACCUGAUAAAUCAAUAACCGAUUGAAAUUAUCGAGAAAGGUACGAUAAAUCGCGAUGAAAGUGCAGUCUUCGAACGAUGGAAACAAGAAUUCGAAAAUCUAUACAAUCAUGAUGAUAAUUGUGAUUUUGACGACGGACAUUAUAAUCGGGCCUUGAUACACAAACAUUUAUUAGAAAUGGAUAUCCAAGAUCCAUUAUAUACACCAAAUGAACAUAUGAACUCAAAUAUUACUAUUGAUGAAAUAACAAAUAUAAUCAUGCGUGCAAAAUCUGGCUCAGCCCCUGGGCUUGACAAGAUUCCUUACGAUGUCCUUAAGUACCCAGCUGUCAUAAAAAUGCUCCAAAAACUGUUCCGGUUAAUAUUUGACAUUAGUCUCAUUCAUUCACUAUGGAGAAAGGGGAUAAUCUUCCCAAUUUUAAAAGACUCUGCAUCUGACAAGCGUGUCCCGUUAAAUUAUCGUGGUAUCAGUCUAUUAUCGUGCACUAGUAAACUGUAUAGCUCUCUAAUCAACAUAAGAUUAACCAACUAUCUCGAAAACAACGAAUUACUUGCAGAUGAACAAAACGGAUUUAGGACAAAACAGUCUUGUGAAGAUCACAUUUUCGUGCUCAACAGCGUCAUUAAGAAUAAUAGCGCGGUAUACACCACAUUCAUAGACCUGAAAAAAUGCUUCGACUUUAUAGAUAGAGACAUGUUGUUAUACAAACUUCUACUUAACAAGAUGAAUGAAAAGAUAUACAAUUCAAUCAAAAACAUUUAUACAAGCACUGUUUCAUGUAUUUGAAUAAAUAACGAAUUGACAGAAUGGUUCGAUUGCUCAACAGGUGUGAAGCAGGGAUGUAAUCUUUCCCCAUCCUUGUUCACUGUCUUUGCAAAUGAUUUAGUUCAAGACUAUUGUUGUUUUCCUUCAUUUACCAAACGUCUUAUCUUGAAUAUACAUGUAUAUACAAUGAAACUACAUUGUAUAUGGAAAAGGCUUAUUGUAUACCGCAUAACAUUUUUUCAGGAAUGUCAGUAAGAAGUUUCAUUUAAAGGAGUCCAGAUUUGUCCGGCGGUCGGUAUACUGGCUAGUUGACAUAUAUAAAGUCAAAGUGGGGCAUCACAUGCAAAACUAUUACACGCACGGACUUGUUAGAUGUGGAAUUGACUACGCAAUGAGGGCAUUCAAUGUGGAAAGAUGGCAAAUUGAAUUAUACAAACUUGUUUUAAAAUAAAGUUUUGUUACAAGCUAUAUUUCGAUGUUAAUAAUAAAGACGAAUUACAUGAACAUCUCUCUUUUGCGUGAGCAAGUUUCAUCUUUUUUUUUUACCUGACCAUUACCAAU